AUGGCGUGGUUUGAUCCACUGAAAUUCGACGCUGCUUAUCUUCACGUAACCGUCUUCGCUGCCGAGGUCUUCAUGAACAAGAUAUUAGGUCGAGAAUAUCCUACCACCAACCAAGAUGCAACUGUCCAUUUUUUGAAAGGUAUUCAAAUCCUACGCAAAAUGCUUUUACUGGGAGAUGAGAACACCAAACCCUCGGAUUCUACAAUAGCGGUGGUUUUAACCUUGGCCGUAAGUGCCUUUUUUAUGGGUGAAGAUGAGGCCUUCAAGCAUCACAUGGUGGGCCUUCGCAAGAUGGUCAACCUAAGAGGGGACGUAGUUGCCUUCAGAGGUAGCAAGCUUCUCACGGAAAUGUUCAGAUGCGAUAUAGGCAUGGCCAUGCAAAGUGGAUCAGAGCCUAUCUUCUUCAACAAUCCUCGUUCAGAACCCGUUGUGCCUUAUCCCGACCAGAAGCUCUUGUCAAUUCGGAACAGCACUUGGGUCAUCAGCCCUCAACAUGAAUUAGAAAGCUUGCUCCGCAAGAUGGAUGCGAGUCUAGUCGAAGCCUGGAGAGUCAUGGAGAGAUUCCGUUCAAUCGUCAAUCUCGCCGUCGAAACCCAACGAAUGAUUUCCCCGGGAUUCCUCUAUGAUACCAUGGCCUCAGUCAUGUAUCGCCUUCUCCACAUGAGCUUUGAGACAGGCUCGGUUAACGAAGCAGUACGGCUCAGCCUAUUAGGGUUGACUUAUAAUGUCUUCUUAAAGUGGCAGUAUCUGAGGUUGCCCUAUGUUUACUUUCCUUCUAUUUACAAAAGUUGCCUUCUAGACCCCAAACUUAUCGAUGGGGCUGCCUCCCAUAUCAUGCUUUGGUUUCUGAUGGUUGGCGCCGUCUCGACUUUUACUAUUUCUGACCACCCAUGGCUGAAGGAUUGUUUACGAGAACACAUCGACAGAUGUCAAGUGAAGUCGUGGAACGAGAUGCGGGGUGUCUUGAAGUAG